AGUUUGGAGUACAUGGGCAGUGUGUUCAUUUCGCCGAGGUUGUUCAAAUGCCAAUAUUCAUCAUACGUGUUUCAGUAUAAAGUGAGACUUUUCAUUCGCAUGUGACUCCUUUCGGUUAUGAUAAUUUCCACGAGUGUUUUGUGAUUUUGCUAUAGGAAAACCCUUCAUUCCUCUUCUUGAUCUGUGGGUGAAGGGCACAAGCCAUCCUUCUUUGGCUCAACUUUCCGAGCUGCUGUCCUCUUUGAGUCCCUUGGGUGGUGAGACCAUCCAAAUUAUCUGCCAACUCACGACAACCACCACCGACCAACCGAGUUAUCAUGGCGACCAACUAUGGGUCGAUCAACAAGAAAGCCCGGAGCAGAAUGUCCAACAAGGCCGAGGAUGAGGCCAUACCUUUGCUGGAUUCGGGCGAUGAGUUGGACACAUCGACUGCCAACAAUGCAUCCAGGAUACCGAACGAGAUUUCGACGGGUCAAGGCAAUCCCGUGGAUCUGGUGAGUUCGGAGGAAGGAGAAGGCCAAGGUCAUGGAAGCAAUGGGAGUGACAGUGAUACCUCAGUGUCCUUUGAUCCGGCCGAUGAACGAGGACCAGAUGUGAUUUCAAACUUUGACACAAUCGUUCACAUGUUGAAAGGCAACAUCGGCACGGGGAUCCUGGCCAUGCCUGACGCUAUCAAGAACUCCGGUUUGACGGUGGGCAAUAUAGGACUGGUUCUAAUGGGCAUCAUUUGCGUCCAUUGUAUGCACAUGUUGGUCAAAUCCGCCCAAGAGCUUUGUCGACGGGUCAAAGUGCAUUCACUGACCUACCCGAAUGUGACUCGACAGGCUUUCGCCACUUCUCAGUCACCCAAGCUAAGGAGAUUUGCCAAAACUGCCAAAUCUGCAACUAAUGUAUUUCUAUGCAUCACUCAGCUCGGAUUUUGCUGCGUGUACUUCGUAUUUGUAUCACAAAACCUCAAACGGGUUGUUGAUCAUCAUUGGCAGGAGAUGGAUUAUCAUUUCUACAUGGCCCUUGUGCUCAUUCCAAUGUUGGCACUGUGUUCAGUGCGAAACCUCAAGUACCUGGCGCCCGUGUCCAUGUUCGCCAACAUUGUUCAAUUCGUGGGCCUAGGGAUCAUCAUGUUCUAUUUGGUCCAAGACCUCCCGAAGACAUGGGAACGCAAGCAAUUCUCCUCAUGGGGACAACUGCCUUUAUACUUUGGGACCGCGAUCUAUGCAUUCGAAGGCAUUGGGGUGGUUUUGCCGCUAGAAAACAAGAUGAAGCAUCCCAGAGACUUGAAAGGAUGGAAUGGAGUGUUGAACACUUCCAUGGUCAUCGUGAUUUGCCUCUACAUCGCCAUUGGCUUCUUUGGAUACCUCAAAUAUGGCGAUGAUGUGUUGGGAAGCAUCACUUUGAAUCUGCCUGUUGAAGAAUGGUUGGCACAAGCCGUGAUGGUGAUGAUGUCCGUGGCCAUAUUCUUCUCGUAUGCCCUGCAAUUCUACGUCCCUCUAGAAAUCGUCCUCCCUUUGGUGGCUGAUCGAUUUCCAUCUCGGCCCCUGCUCACUGAAAUGAUUGUCAGAUACUGCCUAGUGAUCCUCACUUUUGCUCUAGCGGCCGCCAUUCCUCGGUUGGAUCUCUUCAUUUCGUUGGUGGGAGCUGUGAGCUCGUCCACCUUGGCCUUGAUGGCCCCACCUGUUAUCGAAAUGAUGACAUUUUGGCCGACUUUGAGCCGGCUCUCGGUGGUCAAAAACAUUUUCAUAUUCAGCUUAGGAUUCCUGGGCUUCUUUACCGGUACUUAUGUCAGCCUUCAGAAUAUCAUUGAAUAUUUUGCAACGGGAUGAAGUGAUCGAAAAAGUCCCAGAAACAACAGACCCAUGACUGAUCGUUCUGUGCCUUAUUUAUCCUAUUAACUUCAAUGCAUUUGCAAUUCCCCGUGGUCUUAUCGAAAGCGGGCCCGAAAGGUGAUAUUUCUGAGUGAUUUUGAAUGAACUUGUGUCGACCGUAUAUAUUUUUGCAUCGCUUUUGAACCUCGAAACGUUCGAAAACACAACUUGAUCUGAGAGUGAGUGCGAUUAAGUUUCAAUACCCUAAAAAGGCAAAUAAAGUCGUUUCAAUCAA